AUGGUCGUUGUUAAGCAUUGUUUUUUUCUAGUUUUUACGUAUACUUAUAUCAAACUGAUCUAUAGUGAAAAUUUUCCAGUUUUUAUUCAUGCUGAUCAAGUAUUUCUUAAAUGUCCCAAUGGUAAACUCGAAUCAUUGAAUAACACGACUAGUAUUCAUUCAACUUGCAUACAAAUAGAACAGUAUGAACAAUUUAGUUUGUUUCAAUUAUUUAUUCAAUGUCCUGAUGGACGGUUACAUCUUGAAUAUAAUCGUACAUUGACUUUUUAUGAUCAAGCUUCGGAUUAUUCAAUAGUUAAUCUUCAACCAAUAUGUUUUAUCAAUCAUCAUAAUCAGUAUUUUAAGCACAAUCAAUCAGCUCCUUAUGAAACUCGUUAUACAUCUGAGAAUGGUACAUUGACACAAACAAUAUCAUUUCAAUGUUAUUAUAAUAUAACAAUGAUGAGAAAUGAAAAUUCAAAAUUAAAUGAAGAAUUUUAUUUAUUUUUUAAAUUAAUGAACUGUAGCCUUUGUCGAUAUUUAAUUCAAUUUACGUCUUCAAAUAGAAAAUGUAAUCAAUAUCAUCAACAAAUAUAUAAAAUACAAGGUCAAAUAAAAAAUUCAAUAUGUUAUUAUCAAUUAGGAGUCAAUUCAUCAGAAAUUUCUUUAGAAUAUUUCGACCAAUUAACAGAUAGAAAUCUUUCAUCAAGUAAACAAUCUUUUCAUUCAUCACAAUUUGUUAAUCGUACAAUUAUCAUCAUUACUGCAUCGAUUGCUGCUAUUUCUCUUCUUAUAUGUCUUGUCAUAUUCAUAGCAAUGUAUCCAUUUGGUCUAUGUCGACUUUAA